ACUACCGAGACAUUUCCAGUUUAGCGCACCGCCUAGGCGAAGCGUCUCUCCCGGCUCCAAGUGAUGCUGCACCGAGCCACAAUUUGAUCCAGUUGGAUGAGGGAGGGGGGAGGGCAAGCGAUGCAAUCUGUGCAUCUCUCUCCUUUGGAGUGUUAUUUUUUUCUUGCACGAGAUAGUAAAAUUAAUUAGCUGUUUUCUCCAAUAUUUUUGGGGGAUGGAAGUUUUUGGCACGCGUUUAGCGCUGUUCACCUGAAAUGUCAGAUAUAGAGACACAAUAGUCUUACGGUGAUAUAAGAAGCUCGGACAAAUGAAGAGGAAUUGUUCCAUGUAUAAACAAAGUUGUGUGCGUGUUUGAUUUCCCCCAGCUGUCGUGGACAACCGCUUUUUGCGCAUGGAUAAGUUUUUGUAGUGGAUAUUUUUGCUCCAUUGGCAUCACAUUUUUCUCCUAACGGGGAUUACCCUCGUUUUAUGACCACUCCAGCUUGGUUCACGGCAUUUGAUUUAUUACAAUUACUACAUUUUUGAAAAUCAGUGAUGUUUUUACACGGAGGCACCACGAAGUGAUUUUUCAGUCCAGUCAAAAGGAAUAGCAAAGAAUUGCUUUUGUGGAAGUGAAGCUCCUUCAACUCUUGAGUAUGAACUUAGCAAGUCAGACUUAUGUGUUGGUGGUCUUUCUCACCUCCACGGUGUCCAUAUGCCGGGCACAGGAGAGAGACUACACCGUAAAGGAGGAGCAGCCAGAGAACGUACGCAUUGGGAACCUGCGGAGAGAUCUCGACCUCAACCUGGACCCCAACAUCCGACUAUCCUCACCCCUGCAGUUCAAGCCCGUGUACAAAACAGGCGAUGUGCCUUUGGUGAGAGUUGAGGCCAACACAGGGGAGAUCUUUACUACCAAUCACCGAAUCGACAGGGAGAAGUUAUGCUCGGGGGUAUUUGCAGAGAAACGCUGCUAUUAUGAAAUUGAGGUGGCUGUUUUGCCUGAUGAGAUCUUCCGGCUGGUCAAGAUUCGCUUCCUGAUUGAGGAUGUCAAUGACAAUGCGCCCCUUUUCCAAUCCACGGUCAUAAACAUCUCUAUUCCAGAGAACACGGUCAUCAACACCCGAUACCCUGUGCCCUCUGCGUUUGACCCUGAUGUCGGGAUCAAUGGGAUCCAACAUUACGAGUUGGUCAAGAGCGUUGGAGAAUUUGGCUUAGACAUCAUUGAGACACCUGAAGGCGAUAAGUGGCCACAGUUGAUUGUUCAGCAGAACCUAGAUCGGGAACAAAAGGACACCUUUGUCAUGAAAAUAAAGGUGGAAGAUGGGGGUAACCCUCCCAAGUCCAGCACCGCUAUCCUUCAAGUCACCAUCUCUGAUGUAAAUGACAAUCGGCCCAUCUUUAAGAAUAGCGAGUUGGAGGUCACGGUGCCGGAGAAUGCCCCUGCUGGAACCUCAGUUGUUCAGCUUCAUGCGACGGAUGCAGAUCUAGGAUCCAAUGCUCAGAUUCACUUUGCCUUCAGUAAUCAGAUUUCUGCCUCAACAAAGCGUCACUUUGCCAUUGACAGCACAACAGGAUUGAUCACUGUAAAGCAGUCACUGGAUAGGGAGUUGACCCCUGUUCACAAGCUUAUCGUUCUGGCCAGUGAUGGAAGCUCAACACCCUCAAGGGCUACGGUGACUAUCAAUGUUACAGAUGUUAAUGACAAUGUUCCAUCCAUUGACACUCGCUACAUAAUCAACUUGGUGAACGGGACUGUUCUGUUGUCUGAGAAUGCCCCCCUCAACACCAAAAUAGCCCUCAUUACAGUUACAGACAGAGAUGCAGACCUCUAUGGAAAGGUCACUUGUUACACUGACCAUGAUGUUCCAUUUCGGCUGAAGCCUGUCUUUAAUGAUCAGUUUUUAUUAGAGACAGCUGCUCCACUCGAUUAUGAGACAACUCGAGAAUAUGCAAUUAGGAUAGUGGCCUCAGAUAGGGGAACGCCUCCUUUAAACACUUCAGCUAUGGUUUUAAUUAAAAUCAAGGAUGAGAAUGACAAUGCACCCAUCUUCCCCCAACCAGAAAUCCAACUUUCCAUCCCAGAGAAUAAUGACCCGUCCUCACAGUUAAUAAAAAUCAGUGCCACUGAUGCCGAUAGUGGACAUAACGCUGAGAUUAUUUAUACCCUUGGCCCCGAUGCACCCGAUGGGUUUAACAUAGACAGACGGUCAGGAAUCCUUUCGGUUGGAAAACGACUAGACAGAGAGAAGCAGGAGAGGUACUCCUUCACUGUCAUAGGCAGGGACAAUGGUUCAUCGUCCCUGCAGAGCAAUGUCACUGUUAGGCUAAUCGUUCAGGACCUUAAUGACAACAGCCCGGCUUUCACUCACCCCGAGUACAACUUCUAUGUGCCUGAAAACCUUCCUCUCUUCGGAACUGUGGGCUUAAUUACAGUGACCGACGCAGAUGCAGGAGAUAAUGCCAUUGUGACUCUGUCCAUUUUGAACGGGAAAGACCAUUUCAUUAUUGACCCUCAAACUGGUGUAAUCAAGCCCAAUAUCAGUUUCGACCGGGAGCAGCAGAGUUCUUACACAUUUAUGGUCAAAGCAGUGGAUGGAGGACAACCGCCCAGCUCUUCGUAUGCUAAGGUCACUAUAAAUGUGGUUGAUGUAAAUGACAAUCGCCCUGUGUUUGUUGUUCCUGCUUCUAAUUACUCAUAUGACCUAGUGCGGACCACCACCACCCCUGGUGAUGUUGUUACAAGAGUGUUUGCCAUUGACAAUGACACAGGUAUGAAUGCUGAGCUUCAAUAUAGCAUUACCAGCAGCAUCAUCAUCACAUCUCGAGUCUCCCCUCGAGGCCUAUUCUCCAUCGACAAAACAACAGGCAACAUAACACUACAGGAGAAAAUUGUCGCGGCAGAUCAAGGGCUGCAUAGGCUUGUUGUCAAAGUCAAAGAUCUCGGACAGCCGGAAUCAUUACAAGCUAUUGCACUCAUUCAUUUAUUCGUCAAUGACACUGUUUCUAAUUCCACUUUCAUCCAAGAUCAGCUGCGGAAAAGUAUGGAGACGCCUCUGGACCGAAACAUAGGGGACAGUGAGGUAACACCUCAGGCUAACGGAUAUGUGAUUGUUGUCAUUGCUAUUAUAGCUGGGACCAUGACUGUCAUCUUGGUGAUAUUUGUGACUGCCUUGGUACGCUGCCGACAGACACCCAGACACAAAGUAGUACAAAAGGGCAAGCAGAGUGGUGAGUGGGUAUCACCUAACCAAGAGAGCCGACAAAUCAAAAAGAAGAAAAAGAGAAAGAAGCGAUCCCCCAAGAGCCUUCUCUUGAACUUUGUGACCAUAGAUGAAUCUAAGCCUGAUGACCCUACACAUGAGCAUGUUAACGGUACGCUGGAUCUCCCGGUGGAGCUAGAGGAGCAAACAAUGGGGAAGUAUAACUGGGCCACCACACCCACCACCUUCAAACCCGACAGCCCGGACUUAGCCAAGCAUUACAAAUCUGCAUCCCCUCAGCCUUCAUUUCAAAUCAAACCAGAGACUCCAGUGGCCCCAAAGAAGCAUCACGUGAUCCAGGAGCUCCCUCUGGACAACACAUUUGUGGUGGGCUGUGACACGCUCUCCAAGUGCUCCUCAACAGGCUCUGACCCAUACAGUGUCUCAGAGUGCGGCUGUCAGGGGGGAUUCAAGACUCCAGGGCAAAUCACCACUCGGCAGAAUGGGAUCCAGACACCAGAGAGGUCUUUUAACUCACCACCUAUUUGUCCUCAUAAGGAGGCCUGUCAACUUGGGAAGAUAGCGUCUGUGAAUACCCAGCGCCGAGUGACGUUCCAUCUUCCAGAUGGUUCCCAGGAAAGCUGCAGUGAUAGUGGAUUGGGCGAUCCAGAACCAAGUAGCACGGCUAGUACUUCCCAGGCGCUUCCAUUCAGCUUACCCCAUGAGGAGUACUAUGAACAAACAUCGCCUAAUAGUCGCACAGAGGGAGAUGGAAACUCAGACCCGGAAUCAACCAUCGAAGUGAACCUCCAGAAAGCUUUGGCUGAGGCGUCCGAGACCUGUACUCAAGAAUGUCUGAUACUGGGCCACUCCGACACUUGCUGGAUGCCCCCAACCCUGAGCCAAUUCCAGAGUCCAGCCAGUGGAAGCCCCGCCUCAACCCCUACGUCCACUGCCAUCUCUGGUACGCUUCCAUCCUUUGGCUUCCAGCAGAGCUGUGUCAGGGGAGUCAAGGUUAACAUGGGCAGCCUCAGUACCAUGGAUGGUCGGCACACGCUGGGAAGGUCUGUGCCUAAAAAAGACGAGCUGGACAAUGGGCUAAACAGGCCACAGUUCUACAACACCUUGGAUAGACACUGCAGUAAGAAGGAGGACACCGUCAAGGUCAUCCCCCUGGCAAGCUUCUCAUCUCCUGGAAAGCAGACAGCAACCGGUGGGGGUAGCAGCUCCUUCCUACAUGAGCACCAGCUGUAAGAACAUUGGCCUGACUUCCUGUACAUGUGACUCCAUCCAGCUUUUUUCAAUGACUCAAUUACAAGUAUUAAUGCGUUUGUGUGGAACUAUGGACUUGAGUAACUACAAGUGGCUUGGUUUUACUGAUGGAAACAUCAAACAACAAAAAAUGGAUUUGAAACUUUAGAACUUUGAAACCGCUGAAUCAUAAUAACAAGGAUAAUAAUCUGGAUUCGGUCUAAAGGCUCAAAUUUGUCAUAUACAGUAUUGUCACUUUCCUAUGAAUAGCCACAGGAUAGCAACCAAAUAAUGUUCCUGAGCAGAGCAAAGACCUCCACCAAGGCCUGACAGUCCUUUUUUGGAUCAUCACCAAACCUUAAUGCCAUGAUUGUGAAAGUUAAAAUAUUAACAAAACACAGGACUCGCAUCCAUAUCUGGAUCAGCUCAAUAGUCAUCAUUCAAUAAUACGUCUUCGCCCACGCUUCACCCCACCACAAUGUUAAAGUGGCAACAGGCUUAGCUCACCAUGGGAAAGAAAAUUAGUGAGUUUUUCUUUGAGUAUUUGAUGUAUGCUUAGUAAUAGAAAAGGACAAUGUAUUUAGAAUUUUUCUUGUGCCCUGUCUGGUGCAACUAGGUCCUAAAAGACCAUUUAAUCUUGCAGAAUUAAUGCAAAUACAGUACAUUGGGUGAAUUAAGCUAAUUUGGGCUAAAUGCUAAUUAGGGGCCCUGGGUGUUGUUUCUAUUUGAGAUCUAGUGAAAUAUUGCUCUGUAUAAUAUGCAGCACAAACUCCUUUGGUGUGGAAGAUGUUUCGUUUGUCUUGACUGAACAUAUUUCAGAAGUCUAUUUUGGUCGGGGUGACUGUGGAAAGAUUUAAAAAGAAAAAAAAAAAAUACUGAAAACAUUUGAAAAGCAUAACUAGGCCAGUGGUAGACAGCACUGGUAAUCAUUCUUUUCACCAAGGACCAGUAAAACCACGAACACUAACACAAACAAACUCAAGAUGUUCCCCAAACGGUGUAUGCUCCAUCUCUGCCAGCUCUAUUAAGAAAGCGCUCACUGGUAAAUGUCGUCUCGUUAUCUGGCCUUGAAAGGUGCAGACGGAUGUGGUUUGAAAACACUUGACUUUCCCCCUUAUCUUCCUUUAAUUUCUGUUGGUCAAAUUUUGUUGCUCAGAAUUCUCUAUAGUCUAUAUGAUUGUUCUCCGAGCAAACUAGGAAAUGUUCUGCACUUGUAGCAGCAAUUGGAAAGUGGAUGAACCUCAAAAAAAGCUUAAUAUACUAGCACUCUUCAGGUGUCAUUACACACUCCCAACCGAUUGCUACCAAUUACAAUAUUUGUUUCUGAAAAAGCUAUUGUAAAUUUGAAUACAUAUGAUGAUCAGUUUGUGCACACAACUUCAUUUAUAAUUACAGUAUUAUUAUUGCUAUUUUGCAUCCGUGCAUAUCAUAACAUUACUUGUGAUAUACUGUAUAAAAUUACUAUAAAGUAAUAGAAAAAUGAUAGAACAUUGAGUACCAGUACUUGUUUGAAAGUGACAAUGGAGACAAUAUGGGUACAGUAUAAUUGCAAUUAUAUUAAAUAACUAAACUCUCCGUUAACACCCAAGCCAGGCAUCGAAAACACCAACUAUAUGAUUUGUCUGAUUCAUUUCCUGGUACCAUCUUGCAAAUCGGAAGCCAGCGAGAUGGGGUGCAAGCAAGCUGUUUGCAUGCAAGCAGCCAUUACUACUAUUCUGUUAGGUCCUCUGGGGUCAGGGUUCUGUUCAUUGUAAAGAUGGUUCAUCUGAAAUUCAGUCAAAUAAUCACCGAAUAUGACCCUGAGAAAUUAGUCAGUUCAAUCUGAGGUGACUGACAGCCUUUAUUUGAGGUACCAAUUUUAUGAAAAUGAAUACAAUUUAAAAACAAACAAGCAUGUGCACACAGCCAUACACACACAUUUUUAAUCAACCUCCCUUCAAACAUCAGUUGAUGAGGAUGAGCUCCCUGUUUGAGAUUGAUUUCCUGAUUUCUUUCCUUUGUCACUUUUCAUCUCAUUUCUUUGUUGUGGUAAACACAAAUAUCUGCAAAUGGCAUAAACAUAUUCAAUCAAAAGGAGCACAUAUCAUUGGAACAUCAAACUGAUUGAGUGAAAUUGCACAUAAAAAUACAAAAGAGACAUUUCACUCCAUAUUUACCAAACGUCAGCAUUCAAGAGUCAACAUUAGAAAAAAAUACUGGUUUUCAUAACAAUUUGGGGGAAUAAGAAAGGUAUCCAUUAUGGCCAUUACAAUAUUUGAAAUACGUCACAGCUAAUUGCCUUUUUUAUAUCACAGGCUAAGAGAAUUUUCAUGAAAAAAAAACACUUUCACAAAGUCUAGGAAAUGCUCCUGAUAGGAAUAAUGUAUCCAAUCACAUGUACAAUAUGCACAAUAUACAGUAUGAGCAUAUUUGUUAUUUUAAUGUGUUUUCUCAACUACAUAAUAUUGUGCUGUCAAAUUUCAGCAGCUGCAUUACUGAUUAAAUACAUCACUAGGAUGUCUCAAUGUAUUCUGAGAUGAGUUUCUUUUUUCUCUGCUUGAACGUCUGUCCAGUUAUUUUCUGUAAACAAAGGUCAAAUCUAGUAUUUUUUUUGUUUAUAUUAUGAAUCACACCAGAUAUACAGUUAAAAUAGUCAGUAAUCACGCACUCCCCACUCCGCAUGAUUGAUCGCUCACUUUUCCCCGUUUCUCUUUUUCCAAAUUCAUCACCUGACACAGUUACAAGUAGCUAAGAUACACAACUAAAUUGUAAUACAGCCUAUAGUUUUUAGACAAAAUGUGUUUCAUGUUCAACCUGUGACAUAAUUUGCAUGAACUGUUUGGAUUUCCACAAGGGCUUUUAGCUCUUGACUGUGUUAUUGACGCAUCCACCAUUAGAUUCAGUGUCAGUAUUAAUGUUAUUCGCUCUUCCUGUUUGUCAUAUGGAACUAAAGUAUUGUUAAAUGGAGAACACACACUCAGUUGUUGUAAUAUCUGCAUACAACUUGUGGCAUCAAGUUCACAGAAUUAUAUAGAGUAUAUAUUUAUUCCUGGAAAUUACACUGUAAAUAGCACCCCUAAGAACAAUAUUACAAAUGGACACAACUGUAAGUAAACAAACCACAGGCAACACACUGCACUGUGUAAAUGGAAAAGGGGGGAAAGGGAAAAUACAUAGAAGAAAAGAUGAGAUAGCAAUCUCUGUUAUGAUGUAAAUGGAUCGCUAGAAGUCAUAGUAUUAAUGAGUGUGUGUAUGUGUGGAAUGGAUGGGGGUGUUUACUUGUAUGGGCAAAUUAGCCGUCUUUCCACAAUAUUUCAUGUACACAUACUGUGUGUGUCUUGUACAAAGCCUAUAUCAGAAUAUGAUAAGUAAAUGCUUGUAAUUAGUUGCCAGUGAGUGAAGUCAUAUUGCUUUAAGAAGGCUUCAGUGCUUGCCAGCAAAUCUGUAUUGGUCAUUUAAAUCUAUAAUGUCUGUGUUGUUAUGCCUUUGUAAGAUAUGCCACUAACAAUGAUAAAAAUGAACCUCCAAAUGGUGAGAUGUUUUUUCUUGGUCAAUGAAUUUUCAUUGUUCCAUUAAAUAUUGAGUCUCCUCAUCAUUUUGCCAAAACAAUGGAUUUGACCACAU